CGGACCUGCUCACCCCGCCUCCCGCCGCCGCUCGCUGCCGCCGGGGCUGCGGGGCAGGACCCGCCGCCGAGCAUCCUCCGGCCGCGGGGCCUCGCUGCUGCUCGCCGGGGCGGCAGGCGGUGGCAGGUGCCCCAGCCCGGGACCCUCCGGAGCGCCCACCCCGCAGCGCCCCGCAGCUCGGGCGUAGCGGAUCCCUCCCUCUCCGCUCCCGUCCAUCAGUCGGGGGUCGAGGGCUGGCGGCGGCAGGACCCCGUCCGUCCCCUGCUUGCCCCCCCCCACCCAAUCGAAGGGGACACGUAAAAGCCGCGGGAGAAGAUUAUGGCAACGUGAGUGAGCAGCGGAGCCGCCUGGCCGGACGCCCCGUACCGCGGAGCGGAGCGCGGAGCCGCGCGUUGCCUCAGCCCGAGCGGAGCGGAGCGGCCUCCAGCCCUGCCCCAGCUCAACAUUCUCUUCUUGGAGGCUCUUCCUUUUCCUGUUGACGAUAAAGAUGGAAAGAAAGUGGAUAUUGGAGGAUGUUCAUUUUAUCUUUUUUGGUGUGCUCUGUCUCCUUUUCAUAGAUGGAGGUAAACUAGAACAAGUAAAACAUUCAGAUACAUACUGUGUGUUUCAAGAUAAGAAAUACCAUGUAGGAGAAAGAUGGCAUCCUUACCUAGAACCGUAUGGCCUUGUUUACUGCGUUAAUUGUCUUUGUUCAGAGAAUGGAAAUGUUUUGUGCAGCAGAAUAAGAUGCCCAAGUCUACACUGUGCUUCCCCUGUGCAUGUACCACAGCUGUGCUGCCCACGAUGCCCAGAAGACUCCCUUUUCUCAGUAAGCAGCAAAAUCACCGGGAAAUCCUGUGAAUACAAUGGCACCACCUACCACCAUGGAGAAAUGUUUGUGGCUGAAGGGCUUUUCCAAAACAGGCAAGCAAACCAGUGUGCCCAGUGCAGCUGCUCAGAAGGAAAUGUGUACUGUGGAUUGAAGACUUGUCCCAAAUUAACUUGCUCCUUCCCAGUUUCUGUUCCGGAGUCCUGCUGUCCAGUUUGCAGAGGGGAUGGAGAAUUAUCAUGGGAACAUUCUGAUGGAGACAUAUUUCGGCAGCCAGCCAACAGGGAAGCUAGACACUCAUACCAUCGCUCGCAUUACGACCUGUCAGCCAGCUCUGCCAGGCAGGCAGUCAACAUGCCACGAUUUCCCAGUGCCAGGAGUAACCGUGGAGUCCUACCAGACCCCCAGCAGGCCUCCGGAACAAUCGUACAAAUCGUCAUCAACAACAAGCACAGGCAUGGACGAGUUUGUGUUUCAAAUGGCAAAACAUACUCGCAUGGUGAAUCUUGGCAUCCCAAUCUGCGGGCCUUUGGAGUCGUAGAGUGUGUGUUGUGCACCUGCAACAUCACCAAACAAGAAUGUAAGAAAAUUCACUGUCCAGAACAAUAUCCCUGCAAAUACCCUCAGAAAGUAGAAGGAAAAUGCUGUAAAGUCUGUCCAGAAGAUGUGCCAAGUCAAACCUUUGACAACAAAGAUUACUUCUGUGGGAAAGAGACGUUUCCUGUCUAUGAAUCCAUUUUCACAGAGGAAGGAGAAACCAUCAGGAAAAUUGCAAUUGAGAUUGAAAAGCCACCUCAAAUAGAAAUACAUGUGUGGACAAUUAGAAAAGGGUUUCUCCAUCACUUCUAUGUUGAAAAAAUGUCCAAGAGAGAAUUUGAAGGACUUCCUUACUUCAAGUUGAUAACAAGGACAACCCUUAGCCAGUGGAAAAUAUUUAGCGAGGGAGAAGCUCAGAUCAGCCAAAUGUGUGAAAGCAGAGUGUGCAGGACUGAGCUCGAGGAUUUGGUAAAGGUUUUGUACCUUGAAAAGUCUGAAAAGGGUCACUGUUAAGGGAGACAGCACUGGAGGGAAAAACACAAGAAAACUUCUGAAAACUUGGAUCUGCAGCUGGACUGCAGGCUUAUUUUGCUUAAGUCAGCAGUUGCCCUAAACCCCAAAACUAUAAUGCAGUAAUUAUUCACAUCAUGCACAGCAAAUUUGCUGCUUUAUGUGUAGUGGUCUGUGUCAACUGUUCAAAUAUCUGCUCCAAAAGACUAGAAGGCUCUGUGUUACUGGUGGGGGAAGGAGAAAGAAAGACUGUGCUUUCCUAGAGUUGCAUUUUUUACAAGUUAAAAAGAGAAAACAGAACAUUUUUACUAUUAUUAUUUGGCAAGUUAUUCAAACUAAUGAAAAGAAGGACACCUAAUAAAUGUGCAGGAGCUAUGGAGAGCAUGAUAUCCUGUCCUGAAUUUAUACCAUUUCUGGUGUUGAAAUGACUCACGGAUUUCUUGUAGUAUGGGAGGAAAAAUAGGAGUGAUACAAUAUUCAUGUUGGAGACAUAAAAGCCAGAUUUAAACUAACAGACUCCUUAGCAGCCUGUCUUUGGGAUGAUGUCUUGUAGUUGAGCAAACAAAGCCCAUAAACUGAACAGCAGGUGUUAGUGGCAAUCAAUAUAUUUUUAUAGCAAUUGGAGCAAGUGUUGGCUUUCAGGUGGUUUUCACUGUUCCUUCCACCCACUUCUCUAAAACUGUUAGCUCCCUAUCAUAACCCUAAUAACUUCAUUCUUCUGGGCCCUAUUUACACAUGCUCUUGGCUGGUAAAUCACCUAAAGUGACGUGGCAGAAGGCGGUGAAGUACUUGCAGUAUUUUCAAAACACCUAAAGCUUAAAACUCACUAUUAAUAAUGCCUUAAAAGUUGUGACAGAAAUUAAUUUAUUUGUUCUGAUUUGUUACAAACAUAAUCUUCAUUUUUCUGAGGGUGACCUCUCAAGUCUCAUGUUUCAAGAACAGCUCUCUCCCAUGACAAACAACAAACAGGGCUUGCAGAGCACAACAAGCAGCUGCUUGUUGUGACAACUGUUAUCUUCAGGAAAAAACCUCAAAUCUGAGAUUCUGUUAAAUUUAGUAUAGCACAUGUACAGUGUGUUUAAGAGAGGCGACUUUCAUCUGCAGAGUAAUUGUAACAAUUUGAAAACUGUUUUCACCAAAAUCCUGCACUGCCCUGUGGCUGCAAUAUUGGAUUAAAUCCCAAGAUGCAAGUGGCUCUGCCUGCUUUUGUUCCCAUUUUCUACUCCACAAGCAGACAGGAAUAGUGCUGUUAAAACACAAGCUAGGAAACAAAGCUUUAUGGAAAUGGCCUGAGCCAGGGGCUGGGGCUUCACAGGGAGUGAAAUCAACAGUGACAGCAAGGAUUUUGAGGUUUGUCAUUCUGCCAGUGACAGCACUCAAGGGUGUCCACAUUCCUAAAGGGAUGAGGUUGUGGGAGAGGCUGGUGCUGAAUGCCAAAAGCCUGUUCAGGCAGAGCUUCACCAUCGUGAUGGGACCCUUGGCUUGGGCAGCAGACCCUGGCAAUCUCCAUCAGCAGCACAGGCUUCUCCAUGGCACCCAGGGCCUGGCCGUGCUGCCUGAGCCCCAGGAGGACUUCUCAACAAAGAGGAGCAAGUGAGGACAACAGACAUGAAGGUGAAGGAAAGGCUGAAGGGGAUUAGGAGAAAACAUACAGGGUGAUGUCAGGACCACCCUGCUGUCCCCAGGCCUGGACAGAGAGCAGAUGAGGUUUGGGCAUACAGACCAUUUGAAAGUGCAGCAAGUUGAGAUGCAGAAAUACCUGGCUAAGAGAAAUCCUCUAUCACUGUUCAUGAAAAGGAGAAUGAAGUGAACUGUCCUGCCACCUUUCCAGGAGACUGCAGCUUCCAUAAGUCCUGUCCUGGUGUUGGAAAGGGGUGUAGCAUAUCUAAACAAAGGCCCUAAACCUCACUGCACCAGAGCUGCAGUGUAACUGUAGAAGAAGCAGUUUGGCAUGAGAAGCACUGAUUGCACAUGGCAACUACUGGGUUGAAAUGUACUGCAGGACUGUAAAAUUUUAUUAUAAAUCUUUAGGAAGAGGUUCUGAGGAAUUGUAGUGUUCUGGUGAGAAGACCAGCAGUUGAUUUCUCAAUUAACAGGGAUCGUCUGUUUGUAGCAGUAGAUGGUGGCAAAAGACUAAGUGAAAAGUGUACAGUGUUUGUAAUUUUUUUUUUUUAUGAGGAAGACAACCUGCUUUUUUUGGUUUGUGACAGGACUGGUGGAAUCCAGAUUGUGUAUUUAUUUUAUAAUAAACACUUAAGAAAAGCAAAAAACAAUCAUAAGCAUCAUUUAGUAAAAUACAGUGUUGCGUUUUUCUGGUUUCUGGUCACUAAAGACAAAAAAAUACACAGUGUCAUGUUUUGCAUUCUCUUCAUGAGAUGUAUGUCUGUUACAGUACUUAUUUAUGUACUUGUUGUAUCACUUUGACCUGGUUUGAUAAAUUAAUAAACUCUGAAGUUGAUAAUAAAAUCA